GUGAGGAAUUGAUUUAAACUCAACCGUCUCUUCUUCAGAAUCUUCCCAUUGGCUGCCACCAUCACCACACUCUUCUUGAGGCAAUUUAAUUAUUAGACCAGCUAACAAACCUAGAAGAGAAGAAGGGAAAUUUUGUCUGCCCGUACAGAAUCCUCACCACUGGCCUUCCCCCAUCCAGGAGCCCAACUUCACCUUCCCUCUCCCUGGAUGUCUGCUUCAGCAGGGCAUCUGGCAGGAAUGUGCUGCUACAUUUGCAUACACACUCCCAAACCGAUUCUUCAAAACGAGGACCAGACCUGGCCCCUCCACAUCAGAGAUCCUGAAGGGAGAAGACACGCAGAGCUCCAGGAGCCACAGAGCGUGGGGACCCUUGCCGCAGGUUCCUGUUGAGUCAUUUCAUUGUGUUAAAAAUGUCAUUUUUGGAGGACUCAAGUGUGAAAAUGGAGUCUGAAGACCAGGAAGGAGACGAGCCCCAGUGCUGCUCAGAAGACUUGGACAGAAGCCCCCUGGAGCCAGACAUGAGCCUCACCUCACAAAGCUCUCCCUAUUCAAUGAAUAAACCUCAGACCGGGGAGGUCUCUGACUUGAAUCAGCAGGUGUGGAUCCUGCAGGAUCAGACCAUUGUGACAGUUCCACGGACUGACAGUGUGACUCCAGUCACUGUCACUGUUGUCCCAUGCAAGUAUCCAGAGUAUCUUGAGCAAGGCAGAGGGAUUCCCAUUUAUAUGGGAAUAGAGAAUCCAGAAAUGUGUCUGUCUUGUGAGGACAUAGGAGGGCAGCCCACAUUGCAACUGAAGGAGGAGGAGAUACUGGAUCUGUACAACGAAGUCGCGCCCGUGGAGCCCUUCCUCUUCUACCACUCGAAAGAUGGCAGGACCUCCACCUUCGAGUCCGUGGCGUUCCCUGGCUGGUUCAUCGCCUCCUCUGAGAUCCGCCAUCCCCUCUUCCUCACUUCAGACCUGGGGGGAAAGAACAAUGUUAACUUCAAUUUGAGUAUCAAUGCUUGACCUCAGCCUGGAGGGGGCAGCUUGGUCAGAGGUCUUUGUUAAAUUUCCUAGUUCCCAGCAUGCUUUCAUUUAUAUUCUCUCCGUGUCAUUUCACGUCAGUGCUGAGAGGUGGGCAGGACCUUGUUAUCAUCACGCUUUGUGAAUGACUUCAGGGCAGCCGAGGCAUAGAAUGUGAGCUCAGACACGGGGGAAGGGGUCAUGUAAAGUUCUCCUCUCAAGCUGAAGGUGUCCAUCCCACAGCCAUCUGUACGAGGGUGUCUGGACCCCAAGCCAUUAGUGCCUUCUCUGUGGGUGGAUACAGAGAAGCGUCAGAGCUCAUGAUCUGGUGACUAGUGUGGAACUGAUUCGCUUUGUUUUCUUUCCUAUUUAGAUUACAUUUUCCAUAUGCUUUGUAUGUUGCCAGUAUAUUUCACGUUGCAUAAUGUAUCCUUUUAAGGGUUAAGGAAUGUUUAAAGGUAAAUAAUUCUUAACAAUAGUUAAACUAUUUUUUUCCUAAUUCUAAUAUGUAAACAUAAAGCCAAAUAUAAACUUCAUGUGUUUACACAACAGAAAAGCUAAAACUAAGCUGUAAAAUGAAGUAGAAAACGUAGUAAACUGAAAUUAGAGAGAGUAAUUGAAUGAGGAUAGCUCACUGGGGUUUCACUGGGGAAAGAAGGACCCCUAUCAGUGGUGACAGUCCAGGGUGGAGAUAAUGCAUGUAAAAGAACACUACUAUAUGACUAUUUUCUGUACAGUCUCACAGCCUUGAUUUCUUUGCCUCUUCUAGACUUUUCCUUUUAGGCAUCCACAAGAUCUCUUUAAAAAUAACAGUAAAGGUGAUGACAGAGCCUCAGGCAGGGCAAACUACAAGCUAGCACACUGCCCCCACUCCCCCAGGUGGCCUAUGUGGGACAUUCCUCAGGCACUGCUGGCUGCCCAGGGACAAAGGAGAGGAAAUAAACAAGUAGCUAACUGAUAGAGAUCACAGUCAUGCAGGACCAGAGUCUCCCUCAGUUCGCAAAUAUCUUAGUAAAUUUCAAGAAAAAGUCAAUCUUAUCAAAUAGCCUAAUCUCCAGAAACCUGUAGAAUCAGUUUGCUGGAGCCCCAACGUCACCCUUCCAUAGUGAUAUAGGGAACAAAGGCAAGAAGGAAAUGGCAGGUAAAAUUAAGUGCCCGUAUAACCUGCGGCCCAUUGACAAAUGCUUGAGGCAAAUACAGUGUACCAAGGUUCUCCAGGAACCCCCUACCGUCCUAAUGUUAAUGCCUUACUAGAGGAAAACCAACCUUAGCUUGAUAAUAGCAAGGCCUCAGGUAUCUUAGGAGUCCUCUUUAGCAUAUCAAAGUCCCUCUGGAGGCCUUCCUUUUGUCUUUACCUCCCCCAGUGCCAUUGUGUAUAACCAGUAACUGUUCACAACCACAGUGCAGCUCUUCCUGCCCACAGGUCCUGUCCGCCUGCUUUAAUAUCACCUUUUUGCACCAAAGACGUCUUCAAGAAUUCUUUCUUGGCCGUCAGCUACGAACCCCACGAACCCCACCAUCACCCCAAAACUUCAUCAAAGGUGCCUUUUCUUGGAACAGAGAGCCUAGCUUUCCCACCGGUCAUGCUUCAGAUGAUGUAUUCUGAUGAAAUUAAAUCACUGUGGGUAUAAUUGUAGAAAGAUGUAGCUACAUCUGGUUCUGUAUAUAACAGAUUUCUUAUUUUGACUCUGAUACUACAGACACAGGAAGUUCUAUACAAUUUCCAAAAUAGCCCCAGUCACUUACUUUUUUUUUUUUUUUCUUCCUACUUUUGGACAAUCAGACCACAUACUCUACUAAGCAGGCCAGUAAACAAUCAGUAAGCCCCGAUUUAAUGCAACGUCUCUUGAUUCUUCGAAGUUUUCUUCCUCAAUUAAAUACAGUUUUAGCAUUGCAGUUUUAUUAAAAAACAGCAUUAAAAUGGACACUGAGGUAAUUAGUUCUGGGAUAUUAAAUAGGAGAAUUGGUUAUUGAAUAUUUACUACUAUACUCACUGCUCAUAAAUGGUGAUAGCUUCUUAUAUCUGACCAUUUACAUUGUUACACUGUCAGUUGUUACAUCUGCCAGUUGGGAUCCAAUAACACAUUUGCUUGUGACGUGAUUAUGGUCUGAGUGUGACAGCACCUCCAUCCUCCUACAGGCUGUGUGGUGAUUCCAUUGUCCCAUCUCUUUACCACGAAAACUGCAUGCAGGUGCUGUGACACUUUGGAUUGUCACUUAGCACAGAUUUGAGCUCAAACAAAAGCUCAAAUAUGAGUCCUGGUGUCAUGUAACUGGUUAUCCUGAUGGUCCAAAAGAGGUUCUGAUAACAUAUUUAGAGUGUAAUCAAAAUGAAAACAUAGUAAUCUCUAGCUUGUGGAGCCUGGAGAGCAGACCUCCAGAGACCCCCCCCCCCCCACCCCGCUUAGCCAUCACGUUUGUGAAAGACCACAGCAUAUGAAAUCAUAGAAAGGACCCUAUGAGUAGCAACGUCCUCAUUUUCAGGUGAACACCUGUUUUUCACACAUCUGAAUAUCCAAUGCUCUUGCAUCUGGGUUCCGUGAGCUCCAGGCCAACACUCACUGAAGGAUUUGGUUCUUUUGCAUCUUUGGUAUGAAGGGCUUGAUGCCCUGUGUUGGGGGAGGUCAUUGAGAGGAUGUGACCACCAGCUGAUCCAUGAGCUGGACCCUGACAGCUGGAGGCUCCUCACCCCCUCUCCUGUCCUUGCAAUGUGUGCUCUGGGUGCCUUCCUAGCUCCCAGAAGCUGCCCCAAGGACAUAGCCUUGAGGCAGUGUAGUGAUGUGAUGUUGAGACAUCUGGACGGUACCUGUGGCUGAACCCAGUUAAAGCUUCUAUAUAAAUUUUUAAUAUUCUAGUGGGUGGGUAUGGAAAUGUAUUGAUCUUACAGCUGCCCCCAAACAAGCAUCAUAUAUAAAUUCCCUUGCUUAUUAAACUUGCCACCUACAGAUCUGGGGUGAAUUAUUUCUUUCUUUGGUCUCAAUCCUGACCUACCCAUAUGAGGACUGGUUUCAGAUUACACUGGGAAGCUCCUGAGAAGGUGUAAUCUAAGAGAUUACACUGAGAGAGGGGAUUUUGGAUUCCAGGAAGGAAUUUAGAACCUUGCCACCAAAAUCACAAUCGCAGUGAAAACAGUUGAGUGGGAUGUUUUUCUGCUGAGCUGCUUUGGGGCUUGUAUCUUCCGGCACCAGGAUGGCUGAAGGGCAAAGACCACUUCCUGAAGCUGGACUUGAAGAUACUGUCCCUGAACUCACAAAUGAUUGGGCACAGGGACUAAAGAUGCUGUCCCCGGGACACUGAGAACAGUGGCUGUAAUUAAUAAUCCUCAUGUCAAUAAAACAUUACUUUUUA